CCGCUGUGAAGUGCAGUCCAAUUAAUAUGAGUAGUAAAAGUAUUCGUGAAGUACAACAAUCAUUUGCCGAAUCGCUUGGAUUUGGUAAUGAGACCAUCUGGGAUCUUUUGUCAAAUAGGCAAUCCGAAAUAUUGAAAAAAAAGAUCCGCACCCUUAUUCCUGAUCCUGAAAAAAAUGACAAACAAUGUGCAGUUUUUGCCAGAAUACGUCAAACUUUAUUCGAUGCAGUUUGGGAACAACGAAAAUACACAAAUCGCCAGUCGUUAACAUCGAUCUUUUAUGUGCUGGUUGCCACCGAUGAGACGAAUCACAAUCGAGCUAUGAAUUCCACAAAAUGGUCUUGUCAUCCUGUUUUUCGUACACGUCGCUGCGUUUCCGAUAUCAAUGGACGCUGCAACAACAGCGUCGAUUGCUGCAUGAUUUAUGUGGAUGAGAAUGGUCGCGUCUAUCAAAAUUGGGAGUCCUACUUGGAUAACAAUGAGUUGCCCGAAGGGAUUAUGGUGGCACCUCGACGAGGUGUCUACAAUCUCACAUCGAAUGGCAGUGUCAUAUUGCAAUCCAGGCAAACGCCAGCAGCGGGAGCAGCUCGCCAAGUACUUGGCGCCCUAGACACGGCUUCGGCAGUGGGUGGCUUAGGAGCAACAGCUGUGCCCGUCAUUGGGCUGAUGUGCACAGUCGCUGCCCCAAUUGUCCUUACAGCUUCAAUUGUUGGUCUUGCUUGUGCUGGCUAUUCGACGAUACGAGCUGGUGCUCAGCUUGUCGAUCGCAGCCAGCACGAACAGUCGAUCAAUCUGACAGAUCGCACGGCACGCGGUCAAUGGCUGGGCGUGGUGGGCGGUGUUGUUGGUCUUGGGGCAUCAGGUGCCACAACAGCGGCGACUGCGGCCACAAAUGCAGGUAGACGAGUGGGAACAGUUGCUCAGUGGACUGUCAACGGCAUGAACAUUUCAUCCAUUGCGAUGUCUGCUACGGGCAUAUCGAAUGGCAUCAUCGAUUUAUUACUGAAACACGACGAUGGCGACGACAUAUCCGCCUUGGAUGUGUUACAGUUGUCUGCUUCUCUUUUCCUAUUCACACACAGUCUCUACAAUUUCCAGCUGGCAUCGAGCAUCAUCGAUGACACGUCCAACGAACGUAUAGGAUCGUAUCGAAAGACGCUAAGCAAUCGACAGAGACGGAUGUUCGACAAGAUGGUGAAGGAGACGACUCGCAUAAAGGGCGUGCGUCAGGCCAACGUGGACAUUAUACGCAAUGUGAACGAUAUACCGUCGCGUCAGCAGUUCAAUGAUCUGUACAAGAUCAACACCAAAUUGAAAGAACGUGACAUUAUUCCAUCGUUUGCAGCCAAAGGCAAGGGAGUUCUACUCAAUGGCCAAGUGGUCACUAAUGCAGCGGAUUUGCGUGCCAACGUACAGCAUAAUAUCGGACCCGAUAUCAUCGCCCGAGUGACGAAUCCAAAACCGGAAACUUUUCAAGGUUCUCGGACAAGUGGCAAUAACGCUGCAUUUCGAAGCAGUCGUUUUUUAAAUGGACCCAUACGCAUGAGACAACGAAAAACGAACGGGGAAAACGACUGUUGCGAAGGUCUGCUUCCAACAUGCGAAUUGGCAGCAGAAGCUGUCUUAGUUUUACCCGAACUAUGUGACGAAAAGUCUGGCGAGAGUAUUAUUAGUGAGGAAAGCUACAAUACACUGUUGCUAUUGUCCGAUAAAUUGGACGAUGAUACAAUGCACUUUGUUGUCCAGUUGACAGCUACAUUUCUAAAGAGAUACAGAAAUGGUCUGCAUGAGAAGCUUCAGUUUUAUAUAUCUACAGAGUCAGUGCUUUAUAGGAUUGGUACUCAUAUACUGGACAACUAUCGUUCGUUUACUGUAGAAAAACUGGAAGAGAUUGAGGACAAAAUAAUGGAUGCCAUCUAUGAAUACUUCAUAUCAUUAAAUCCCAACAAUUAUCGGGGUAGAUUAAAUAGUUUUACCGUCCUAUCAGCUUACAGGCUAUCGCCGGUGCUGGAAGACGGCAACUUAAUCCAAUUUGGUUUUAGGAAUCAACAUGGAAUCUCAGAGUAAUGCACAGAAUCUCACAAACGAUAUUGAGUUCAUUUGAAGAAACGAAGUACUGUUCCGCAACGUUUCUAGACAUAAAACAGGCGUUCGAUCGUGUCUGGCAUUUAGGCUUGCUUUACAAGCUCAAGUCCAUCCUGUUAUACAAAGUGGUACGCCCAUAUGGGCGUUCGGGAUUCAGUUGUGGGGCACAGCCUCAACUUCUAACAUCUAAAUACUGCAACGCUUCCAAAACAUUACUCUGCGAAGACUAGCCAAAGCACCUUUCUAUAUGAGAAACCAGGUGAUCCAUUAGAACCUUGAGAUUCCAAGUGUAACCGAAGAGGUUUAAAGGUACGCUUUGAAAUACCAGGAGAGACUGAAUCGACACUGCAACCCGCUGGCCGUUAACCUGCUUGACAAUAGCCAACAUCGCCGACGUCAGA